AUGAAAGACGUUCUACGUCCCGUUGACCCAUCCGUACUAAAACCUCAGACACCAUCAAUUCGUACAUUUGAAUUGAAAGAAGAAUGUGGAAUUAAUAAUUUACCAAAUCAAAUUAUGGCUAAAGCUAUAUCGGAUGGGUUUGUUUUUAAUAUACUUUGUGUUGGUGAAACAGCAUGUGGAAAAUCAUCAUUACUUGAUAGUUUAUUUAAUACACGAUUAGAUUCAACACCAUCAACACAUGAUAUACCACGUGUAUUUUUACGUAAAAAUACAUAUGAUUUAUUUGAACGUGAAAUACGUUUAAAAUUAACUGUUGUUGAAACAGCUGGUUUUGGUGAUCAAAUCAAUAAAGAUGAUUCAUUUAAAGUUAUUGGAGAUUUUAUUGAUUCCCAAUUUCAAUCCUAUUUAGAUGAAGAACUUAAAAUCAAACGAAAUUUAUCAAAUUAUCAUGAUACACGUAUACAUGUUUGUUUAUAUUUUAUUAAUCCAACAGGUCAUUCAUUAAAAGCACUUGAUUUAGUUACAAUGAAACAUUUAGAUAGUAAAGUUAAUAUAAUACCAAUUAUAGCUAAAUCUGAUACAAUAUCAAAAAGUGAAUUACAACGUUUUAAACAAAAUAUUCUCAAUGAACUUAAUACAGCUGGUGUGAAAAUUUAUCGUUUUCCAACUGAUGAUGAAACAUUAGCAGAAGAAAAUCUUAAAGCUAAUAAUCUUCUUCCAUUAGCGGUUGUUGGAAGUAAUGAAACAGUUAAAGUUGGAAAUCAAUAUGUACGUGCUAGACAAUAUCCAUGGGGUGUUGUUCAAGUUGAAAAUGAAAAUCAUUGUGAUUUUAAAAAAUUACGUGAUAGUCUUAUUGAAAAAAAUAUGCUUGAUUUAAUUGAAACAACACAUUCAAAACAUUAUGAAAUGUUUCGACGUAAUCGUCUUGGCGAACUUGGUCUUGCUGAUAAUGUUGAUGGUAAACAAAUGUCAAUAAGUGAUACACUUGAUAUGAAACGUAAUGAUCUUCGACAUGAACUUGAACUACGUGAACAACAACUUAAAGAAGCUUUCAUUCAAAAAGUUAAAGAUAAAGAAGCAGAAUUAAAAGAAACAGAAAAACAGAUAAAUGAACAAUUAACAAAUAUUAAAAAAAAUUAUAAAGAUCACAAGGAUAAAUGUGAUGAAAAAUGGCGUAUACUUGAACAAGAAAUGAAUUUAUUUGAACAACGUAAACGUGCUAAUAUGGAAACAAUGAAAAAAGGCACGAAAAAGAAAUAA